GUGGCUUUGCGUCCCAGCGGAGCCGAGCAGCAUGGCCGGCGGGGCCCGGGAGGUGCUCACGUUACAGUUGGGACAUUUUGCGGGUUUCGUGGGAGCGCACUGGUGGAACCAGCAGGAUGCUGCGCUGCGUGAACCGACCGAUGCCAACUUGCAGCCAGGCGAGCUGUGCCCAGACGUCCUGUACCGGACCGGCCGAACCCUGCACGGCCAGGAGACGUACACGCCGAGACUCAUUCUCAUGGAUCUAAAGGGUAGUUUGAGCUCCCUAAAACAGGAAAGUGGACUCUACUGGAACAAACAGCAAGACACUGCAAUAGCAUGGCAGGGGAAGCUCACCACACACACGGAGGAACUCUAUCCCAAGAACCCUUAUCUCCAGGAUCUUCUGAGUGCAGAGGGAGCGCUGAGUAGUGAUGGUAUCCGGAAGGUCAAGUCCAUUCCCAAUGGCAAAGGUCCCAUACCACUCACCACAGCUACAACUCCAAAGCCACUUAGCCCCACAGAAAGCAGCAUCCGAGUCUGGUCAGACUUCCUCAGAGUGCACCUCCAUCCCCGGAGCAUCUGUGUGAUUCAGAAGUACAACCAUGACGGUGAGGCAGGUCUUCUGGAGGCCUUUGGCCAAGGGGAGAGUAUCCUGAAGGAACCCAGGUACCUGGAAGAGCUGGAGGACAGGCUGCACUUCUAUGUGGAGGAAUGUGACUACCUGCAGGGCUUCCAGAUCCUGUGUGACCUACAUGAUGGCUUCUCUGGGGUAGGUGCUAAGGCCACAGAAUUGCUACGAGAUGAGUAUUCAGGGCGAGGAAUAAUAACCUGGGGCCUGCUCCCUGGUCCCUACAGUCUUCAGCAAGAGCCCCGGAAGAACAUCUAUCGUCUGUUAAACACAGCUUUCGGCCUGGUGCACCUGUCUGCUCAAAGCUCUCUGGUCUGCCCCUUAUCCUUGGGUGGGAGCCUGGGGCUGCGACCUGAGCCGCCUGUCAACUUCCCUCACCUGCGUUACGACGCCACUCUGCCCUUCCACUGCAGUGCGAUCCUGGCUACAGCCCUGGACACAGUAACUGUCCCUUAUCGCUUACAUUCCUCACCAAUUUCCAUGCUUCACCUGGCUGAUAUGCUGACCUUCUCUGGGAAAAAGGUUGUGACAGCAGGAGCAGCCAUCCCUUUCCCUUUGGUGCCAAGCCAGUCCCUUCCUGAUGCCCUGGUGCAGCUUGGAGGGACCACCCCCUGGACCCCACUGUCUGCAUGUGGGGACCUGUGUGGAACGCGCUGCUUUGCCCAGUCAGUGGUGCUGCGGGGUCUGGACAGACCAUACCACACCAGUCAGCUCACCCCAGGGACACCGCUGCCCUCCCCGCUCCAUGCGUGCACUACUGGGGAAGAAGUCUUGGCCCAGUAUUUCCAACAGCAGCAGCCUAGAGUCAGGAGUUCUUCCCAUCUGCUGCUGACUCCCUGCAAGGUGCUUCCUCCUUAUCCCUGCCUCUUCUCCUCAAGCCUCAGCCAGCAGGGCUUGAUUCAGGAUGAUCCCCCAAUUGGAGCAGCAGUGGAGAGCGUCCCAGUGCUUGGCGCCCUCUGCUCCUCUUCAUCCUUGAACCGGACCCUGGGAGACUUGGCUGAGGAGCUCACCAAACUUGACUUGCGGCGCUGGGCCAGCUUCAUGGAUGCUGGCGUGGAACAGGGCGACCUAGAGGAGCUGCUGCAGGAGUUACGCAGUCUGGCCCAGUGCUACGAGGGUGGCGAUAGCCUCAUAGACUAA